CUUUCUCGUCUCUGCCUUCCUCCACCCCCUGAGACAACGGAACAAGAAUCGCCAGUCAACCAGCACAAUUUGACAUCUGCCUCAAACCCCAUCAUUUCUAUCAUGGCUCCUCAACCGUCAUCCGAGUUGCCCUCAGAGUGUGCCCCACUAUUACCGCCGGGUGGCCCCUCUGAUUGUGACCAACCUACUGCCAGAGUCCCCAGCCUAGGAUCAGUCUCCCAGCAUUUUCUCCUGCCACUCAUCUUCGCCUCAGUGGUGGCGGCUGAUUUCGGCAAUUAUCUCUCUUAUGCCCCUCAGAUCUCCAUUUUCGAGUCCAUCAUUUGUCGCCGGUUCGGCGCAGACAGUCAUACCGUGGAAGUGAGAGGGGGAUGCAAGUCACCGGAGGUGCAAGCGGAACUAGCCCUUGUCAACGGGUGGAAAGACAUGUUUGACCAGCUACCAGGCAUCUUGUUGGCCCUGCCCUAUGGCAUCCUGGCCGACCGAGUUGGCCGGAAACCUGUCCUCUUGCUCAGUCUUACCGGCCUGUUGAUGGAGGAACUGGCCAUCCGGGUGGUAUGCUGGUGCAGUGCUGUUCUCCCGCUGCGGACUGUCUGGGUGACCCCGAUCUUUCAACUAGUGGGCGGGGGCCCUCAGCUAUCAACGGCCAUGGCCUACGCUAUGAUUACCGAUGUGGUGCCUGUUAGCAAACGUGCCUCUAUCUUUUUCCUCUUGGCUGCCGCAAUGCUGCUAGGAGAGAUUUUGGCUACCCCCCUCAGUGCCUUCUUGAUGUCCUGGAGCCCGUGGGUUCCUUCGCUGUUCGGUCUAGCCGCACAGUCAUUGGGUCUCCUUGGGACGACCCUGUUGCCCGAGACAAAUCCAGAGAAAACAGUAGACCAGGGAAGAGGGGAUGGUGAAGACAACGAACACGAGGAUACUGAUUAUUCCGGCCCGACCCAAUAUUCACUAGGUCGUCUCCUGAGGAGCAGGCUACGCAACCAGUGGAAUCAGGCCAGAGGUGUCACCAUCAAUGCAAGGAGCGUCAACCUAAUUUGCAUAGUAUGCUCCUUCCUUCUAUCCAGUAUUGGUCGCCAGGCAUUACAGUUGAUAAUCCAAUAUGCUUCGAGACGCUUCUCCUGGAGCAUUGCGGGGGCCAGCUACCUCAUCACAGUCAAGGGUCUCAUCAACCUCCUUACUCUCCUGGUUUUGUUGCCGAAACUGUCGGACUGGUUGCGUACACACCUGUCAUUUUCCCCGAUUCUCACCGACCUUCGGGUCGUGCAGUGGAGUGCAUGGAUCCUAACCCUAGGGAUGGCGCUGAUGGCCAUCGCAACCCAGCCGCCGCUGUUUGUAUUCGGGGUGUGUCUACUUGCAUUUGGUUGGGGGUAUUAUUCGGCACUUAGAAGCUUGGCUACAGCUCUGGUGCUGCCAUCUCAAGUUGGUGUUCUGAACACGGCCAUUGGUCUAGCACAGAGUAUCGGUUCAAUGGUCUCAGGGCCCAUCCUGGCGGGUGCGUUUAAACGCGGGGUGCACCAGGACGGCUUCUGGAUUGGACUACCUUAUCUCCUAGCUGCUGUUUUGUUUUUCUUUGCGAGCUGUCUGACUUCUGCCGUUCGCAUCAUGGACGAGGAACCAAGACUAUAAUUGGUAUUUAUGCUACAGGCGAUACUCAGGCCAGUACACUAUACCGUGCUACACCAUUCAUACCAAGUCCCCUAAAUUAGGUCUCCAGUCAAGUUAUACUGUAAUUUCGCAUUUUCCACGGAAAAGCCAUCAUCAAUCUCUUUUAGAUUCCUCG